AUGUAUACACCGUGUUUUUUUCGUUAAUUUUAAGAGUACAUGCCUGAGCUUUAAUUAAGCUAUUUUCUUAAAGACACCGGUAUUCUAAUUAACUCAAUUUCGGAGAUUAUUGGUUAUUUCUAUUUUUAUUUGAAAAGGCCCCAUACGGGCGUGUACACUUGCUUUAGGGCCUGUUUACAUACUGAUUAGUGUUUUGUAUGAGUUUAUACAUUUGCUACUAAACGUAAGUACUAUCUCGGACGAUCGAUGCUCGAAAUGACUUUGAUAUGUCACAGUUUUCAAUUACUUGGUUAAGUUCUAAUAUAUUACCCGUGUUACAACAACGCUACAUAACUAACUAACUAUUGUGGCGCAGUGAUCCAAAGAGGGUCUUGGCCUCCAAAACGAGAGAGCGCCACCUGUCCCGAUCCUGUGCCACUUCCUGCCACAACAACGCUACAUGCAAAGGAUAUUUGCUAUAAGCUGAAAUGGAGACCUGCAGUUUGGUCGGUCAAUAAAUGUGCCUAUGUAAUACUCUAUUGUAAAAUAAUAAUUAUAAUCACUCGUAUUAUCUAUAUCUAUAUAUGUGUUUAGUAAUAACAACUCCGCCACAAUUAAGUUUGAAUUAUUCAUCACGUGCUACAAGAAGCAAAAUCUACUCAACUAUCAAACAAAGACUUUCCUUCAUUCACAAACCAUUUCAUCUCGGCUUUCACCUCACCCCCAGUAUAACCAGACCCCUGCGUUACUACAUCAGCAAAGCAUUUGCUUGCCACGUUAUACUGGUCCGUCUGUUUUUGAUUAAUGUUUGCAAGUUGUGAAGAGCUCUGAUUGCUUAUUGGCCCUCGGCGGACUAAUUCCGUAUCGCACGCGCCCCCCCAGCCAAGUAAACAGAUAAGGGGGGCAGAGAUCGAGGCGUAGGUAUUGAUUUGCGAUGGAUGGAAGGAAAUUGCCAAGGUGAGUGGAGCAGUCUAAACAAUUUACUAGCUAAGAGGAAAGGAGACGACCGCUUAUCCGUACAAACGUCGUCCCCAUUUUCCUCUCUGGAUAUAAACAUUAUAAAAAAUAUGUUUACACAAUUUGAUGUAUAUUAACCAUACCUAUGCCUCUUUGUUUGACUUUUCGAUUAUUAUAAGAGAUAAGAGCGAGAAACAAUAUUUUUAUUUUAUUUAAAGCUUCCAACUCAAUAUUUUAAAGAGUAAGAAUAAAAUUACCUUAAAACAAAACCGUAUAGCAAAAAAGCAUAUCUUUACUAAGCUUUACUUUCACGAUUUUUUACAUAUUUUUUGGACCCAUGGUUCAGGAGUUUUUAUUUCGAUUCAUAGCCAUUAUUUCUCGUAAAUAUUACGUUUAUCAAAAAAACGGUUUGGAAGAUCUAUCAAAAGGCACCCCACACUAUAGGGUUGAAGCGAAAAAGAAGUCAUCCCCACUUUUGAGCCACCCUAAAAAAACAUUUUUUUAGUUUUUUAUUUUACGAAUUUGUCGGCGUAGCUGAUUUUUGCAUUUGUGUCAAAUUUCAACUAUCUAACACUAACGAUCACGGAGCAAAGCCGCGGACAGACAGACAAACAGACAGACGGACAUGGCGAAACUAUAAGGGUUCCUAACUAAAGGGAACCCUAAAAAAGAGAUAAAAUAAAAUAUUAUACAUUUUUAAGCAAGUAUCGUCGUAGCCAACCACUAUAACUAUAAUACAAUAAUAGGUACUAUGUGGCUACCACCAGUUCAGCACUGACAUAAACGCUUUCGAGAACGUAACUUACGUUCUAUGCAUCUCGCUCGUACUCGCAUAUAAGUGCGAACGAGAUGUAUAGAAAGUAAAUCAGUCAGUCAGUCAGUCCGGUUCUCACCGUCAUUGGGAUUAGUUGUGUCCUUAUGCGUUAAUAAAAGAUAACCAGUGAGUUUGACCCCUCGCCCUUGGUCAAUUAGCUUUACUGUCAGUGUCUCGCGCGCCUGGUUUUUGAUAAGGUGUUUACAACCAUCGUCGCAUCUUUUAUUCUUUUAAAUACCGGCGUAUUACUUAAACUAUUAUGGAGUGUGGCAAGUGUAGUGAAAUAGUAAGUGAUGGUGUUUUAUGUAACACAUGUAAUAAACACUUACAUUUUGGAUGUGCUGGGUUAGCGGAAACAACCUUUAGGCGUAUGACCAAUGAGAAAAAAGCAUCCUGGCGAUGCCCUGCGUGCCGAGUGGCCCCGCAAUCGCCCCAAAUUUCUCAGGACGCCUCGUUAGCUGACUUGUUUGCCGAAGUAAAAAUCUCGAGAGCUUCAAUUGAGGCCAAAAUAGAUAAUGUUCAGCUGCAAGUCACUGAUUUGAACAACAAGUGGAGCAGCUUGGAGACGCGCCUGGCUAGUAUGGAGGAGAGAAUCUCGAAUACAGAGGAUAAAAUAGAGACCCUUUCGACUUUGCCGCCGCAAAUUAAAGAGUUACAGGAACACGUUACAUGCCUCAAAAAGGAAAAUAAUGAUCGUGAUCAGUUCGGAAGGCUAAAUAACGUGGAGAUCACCGGUGUUCCGUUACGUUCAGGGGAAAAUCUGCGUACCAUAUUUCACAAUAUAUGUACCAAGGUCGGCUUUGCCCUUGACCAAUCGGACAUCGAUUGUAUUCAUCGGAUUAGAGUUUUCUCUACGGAAGCAAAGCAGCAAAAUCUUCGUCCACCCUCGAUUAUCGUCCGCUUUACCCGGCGGGCGCGCAGGGACGAGUUGCUGGCGGCGGCCCGCGCCCGCCGUGGCAUCACCACGGCUGACGCCGGCUUGGACGGACCAUCGAUCAACGUUUACUUGAACGAGCACCUGACGCCCGCUAAUAAGUUGUUGUUAAAGCGUGCACGCGAAGUAAAAUCUGAGCUGAACUAUGCUUAUGUGUGGGUGAAAGAAUGCAAGAUUUUUUUGCGUAAAAAUGACACUUCGAGGGUUAUACGUAUCGUCUCCGAAUCCGACCUGUUAAAACUUAAAUGACUUUUGUUUUCAACUAAAUUGUGCCAACCUUUGUACUACAUUAAUGCCCAGUGGUGUAUAUUUAACGUUACUUGGUAUUUGUACUGUACUAUUAUUGUACUGUGCUUUUAUCCCUCGGUUUACAUAUU